AUCCCGCACGUUGGGUUGCAUGCGAGGCUGGCCCAUUCUCAACAGAUACAAAGUAGCUAAGCAGUAAGCAGUAAGCGGUAAGCAGCUAGCUAGCCGGGCCAAGAAAAAAAAAAGAAAAAGAAUGGGCGUGGCACAAGAGGGGAAAAUGGUCAUCACUAAUUAAGGGGACAUGAUUAUAUCACCAACCAAUCAAAUUGAAGCAAUGAUCCCAUCCUUCCCUUACAAUUUCUUUUUUUGAAUUAAUAAAUAUGCUGCCCAGUGAGGAAAGUUCAAGUCACCAAACAAGUGAACUAAUCAUUGCUCCUUCUUUCCAUCUUAUGCACUACAUUUAAGAAGCUGCUUCUCUUCUCUUAAUUCUGCUAUAACAUGAUAAAACAUAAAACAUAUAACAUAUAACAUAGGAAUAUUUAUGUACUUCAUUUAAUUUUCAUAUGAAGUUUUAAUUUUAAUCAUUAAUAAGGAAAAUCAGUUUAUAGCAAAUCUUAUAUAUACAUUCUUCUGUAUUAUAAGUAUCUAUAAUGGCUUCAGAGAAGGUGGAGACAGUGGUGGCUGGGAAUUACAUCGAAAUGGAAAGAGAAGAAGGAGAUGAAUCAAGUAGUAAGAGUAAGAUCUCAAACUUUUUCUGGCACGGUGGUUCUGUUUAUGAUGCAUGGUUUAGCUGUGCUUCUAACCAGGUAGCACAAGUGUUACUAACACUCCCCUACUCAUUUUCACAACUGGGAAUGUUAUCUGGGAUUAUAUUCCAACUUUUGUAUGGGUUGAUGGGAAGUUGGACUGCUUACCUCAUCAGUCUUCUUUACGUUGAAUAUAGAACUCGUAAAGAAAGAGAAAAAGUUGAUUUUAGGAACCAUGUCAUUCAGUGGUUUGAAGUACUUGAUGGAUUACUUGGAAAACACUGGAGAAACAUUGGCCUCUUUUUCAAUUGUACUUUUCUUCUAUUUGGAUCUGUUAUUCAGCUCAUUGCUUGUGCCAGCAAUAUAUACUACAUAAAUGAUAGCCUGGACAAGAGAACAUGGACAUACAUUUUUGGUGCCUGCUGUGCAACAACAGUGUUCAUACCUUCAUUCCAUAAUUACAGAAUAUGGUCGUUUCUUGGUCUAAUUAUGACUUCUUACACUGCCUGGUAUCUCACUAUUGCAUCCUUCCUCAAUGGUCAGGUUGAGGGAGUAAAACACACAGGUCCAGCCAAGUUGGUACUGUAUUUCACUGGUGCUACCAACAUUCUGUACACUUUUGGUGGGCAUGCUGUCACUGUGGAAAUUAUGCACGCGAUGUGGAAGCCACAAAAGUUUAAGAUGAUAUAUCUAAUAGCAACAUUAUAUGUGUUAACCCUGACACUGCCAUCAGCAAGUGCAGUAUAUUGGGCUUUCGGAGACUUAUUACUUGAUCAUUCCAACGCCUUGUCUUUACUUCCUAGGACUGCUUUCCGCGACAUUGCUGUUAUACUCAUGUUGAUCCAUCAGUUUAUAACAUUCGGAUUUGCGUGCACUCCACUCUACAUCGUGUGGGAGAAAUUCAUAGGUGUUCAUGAAACAAAGAGCAUUAUGAAGCGUUCUGUGGCAAGGCUUCCGGUGGUUAUCCCUAUAUGGUUCCUUGCUAUCAUAUUCCCCUUCUUCGGACCCAUUAAUUCAACAGUUGGAUCUCUACUUGUUACCUUCACUGUCUACAUAAUUCCGGCUAUGGCUCACAUGAUUACCUUCGCGUCUUUCUCUGCUCGAGAGAAUGCAGUGGAGAGACCACCAUCAUUCCUAGGAGGAUGGGCAGGAAUGUAUAGUAUGAACGUGUUUGUAGUGGUAUGGGUGUUCGUGGUCGGGUUCGGGCUUGGUGGAUGGGCCAGCAUGAUGAACUUCAUACAACAAGUCAACACAUUUGGGCUUUUUGCUAAAUGUUAUCAAUGCCCACAUAAGUCUAAGGCUUAAUUAAGUUUGCAUUUUGCUUUUCCUUCCUUCUUUUAGCUUUUAAAUCAUCAUCUAGGGAGCUAAGCAAAUACUCUAAUACUACAUAGUGUGUAAAGUUUGGUGUUUUCUUUCCAUUUCUUUUCUUUUUAAAACUUUAAAGUUUUAUCCCAUUCUUUGGGUGAUGAUUUCCGCAUACAUAAAUUUCUUAGUCGUGUUCGUGAAAACCUCUUGGAUUCUGGAACGACCAACAAGAGCGCAGAAAGCACAAGCCCUCUUAUUUGAGGUUGUUUACGCCUUUUUUUUGCAAUUCAGAGAGUUAAUUGUUAAAAUAUGUAAACUUUAUUAUUCUUGGUAUUUCGUAGUUUAAUUUUACCACCUUCGAACAUCGAAUUGGUAAUUUAUUUUCCAUCUAUUAUGUAUGAAUUUUUCAAGGCAAAAAUACAAAAUUUCUUAUAAUUAUUAUACAUCAGGGUUUAAUUGUAAUUCUAAGUUAUAACUAUUUUUUCGGCUAGAAAAAUAUAUACUUAUUUUAUGUAAUACAGAAUACAAAAAU